UAAUGAUGAAUGCGGUAUGUGAUACGGGGUAGGCGGUGCGAGGGUGGGACCCGGUACGGCGAUGUCGCGCACUGCCGCUGCAGGGAGGGAAAGUAAGCCGCUGCAUGAAGGGAGAGCUGCAUGCACGAGAGCUGGGUGGCACUCCCCCCUGAGGACACCCUGCAGCGGCGGCGGACGCGGCGGAGGUCACCACAUGCAUGCGUGGGGCGUGUGUGUGUCCUGCUGUGCCCGGCAACAGCAGUCGCCUGACAGUAGGGUGCCCAGCAGUAGGGUGCCGGUAUGUGAUGGUGGUGGUGGUAGGUGUUGCACUCGUCCGCUGCCCCCGCCUGCCCGCAGGUGUGCCCGCCUGGCAGGCCGCUGCGGCGGUGCUGCUGCGCUCGCUGGCGGGGAGGGAGGCGCGGUCGCUGCCCCCACACCACCACCACCACCACCAGCAGCCUGCUCCCCCCUCCUCCUCCUCCUCCUCCUCCUCCUCCUCCUCACCCUCCUCCGCUGCUGCCGCCGCUGCGGUGUUAUCGUCCUGGGUCAGAGCCCACUCGGAGGAGCUGCUGGAGGCGGGGGUGGCGCUGCUGGAGGCAGGUGCGCACUUCAACC